CCAGCGUCUUGGCCCGCCGCCUGUUCGUCCGGUCACUGGGUGGUGUGAGGGGCGCGGUGCUUGCGGUUGUGGGGGUUCGCAGUGGUGGUGGAUGAGCUCAUACGAAAGCGAAAAGAAACAAGUUUAGCUUUUUGGAAUACGGACGACGACUGCAGCUUCAGUUGGACGCGAAACGCCAACGACGCCGGACCGUGAAAGCGAGCACGAGUGGGAGAGGGAGAGCGAUAGCCGAAAACCGCGACCAAAAGCGAAAAACGAAAAAUCAACGUAGCCACGGGAUAAAGAACAUACAAAAUUGCAGUGCAAAACAAAAAAAAUUAAGGCAAAGGAGGGAAAAACUCUUGAGCGGGUAAAACAAAAUCAAUAAUUGGCCUGCGUCCGGCCGUGCAGUGUGUGUGUGUGUGAGUGUGUGGGGAGUAUGAAUGUAUGUGUAUUUGUGAAAACGACAACUGGAGCAAUGCCUCAUUGAUAGAAAGGGCAAAAAGGGAAGGCGAAUAAACGAGAAGAAGCAGAAGCAGCAAAAGGAGCAGCAACACAAAACUAGCAAAGAGAUCAAAUUUUGUGCAAUAAACAAGAGAAUUUCCCAGCCAUGCAGUCGGCAAUGUCCAGUACCCCCGUCAACAGUAUCCCGGCAACGGUUAAUUUGCCUGCUAACCCCGCUAAUGCCUCGCCAGUGGCGGGUACCGGCAGCAGCACCCCCAUCCGGAUAAACAGUGCCAAACAGCAGCAGGCGGCCGGUGGUGACUCAUUGGCCCCCAGUAGCUCCACCUCUGCCACGCACUCGCAUUCGCAUUCAAUGCCUGGGACGCCGCAACAACAGCAACAAUCGAGCAGCGUUCCCACGGGCAGUCACCUUCAGCUCCAGGCGCCCAUUCCCACAGCGGGCGGUGGCGGUGCUGUUACCCCCACUGCCGUGUCCAUGGGCGCAUCGAAUCAAUCGCUGGGCGUCAGUGUUGGCGCCGCCAGCAGUGUCAGCGGGAUCAGCAUUACGCCGCCCAACAGUGCCGGACUGCGUCAGUCGACAGGAAUCGCAAAUUGGGCCUCGGAUAGUCGGGAUGGCAAUCUGGCAGAUAAGUCUGCUGCCGAUGCCGCCAAGCUUAAUAGAAAGGAGUCAUACAAGGCCCAAAGGAAGAACUACAGGCGUGAGAAGAAGCGUGUGGCCAGUGAGCUGAUGAAUUCCCUGCAGGAUCCAGCGGUUAUAGUCCUAGCCGAUUGGCUAAAGGUUCGAGGUACUCUCAAGUCCUGGACAAAACUCUGGUGUGUGCUAAAGCCUGGCCUGCUGCUCAUUUACAAAAGUCAAAAGACCAAGAGCAAUCACUGGGUGGGCACGGUAAUGCUCACCUCCUGCCAGGUGAUCGAACGUCCCAGCAAAAAGGAUGGCUUCUGCUUUAAGCUCUUCCAUCCCCUGGAGCAAUCGAUUUGGGCGCCACGAGGACCCGAUAAGGAAACCAUCGGUGCCGUUGUACAGCCUUUGCCAACCGCUUACCUGAUCUUCCGGGCUCCCAGUCAGGCAGCUGGCAAAUGCUGGAUGGAUGCCCUAGAGCUAUCCCUAAGAUGUUCGGCUCUCCUGCUGCGCUCCAACAGCAGCACGGGAACAGCUCCCUCGGCCAGCUAUGUGGGUGAACCGUUGCCGGUGUCGCAUGAGACGCAAUGGUCGGAGGCGGACUACGAGAAGCACUUCAACGAUCAGGAUCUAGACGCUGAUAGCCAGAAUGAGGCGCCAAAUGCGGUUUUGUCUGGCCUGGAGUCAGAAUCAGAAUCAGAUCCGGCAGAUCCGGUGCAGGAAGACAACAUGGACCACGAUUGUGAGGAGACAACCUAUGUGCCCUUCGCCGAAGAGGAGUUUGGCGAGCAAGGGGAGCAGGUAGAGGAGUUGGCUGAGGAGAACAAGAGCCUAAUUUGGUGCAUUGUCAAGCAGGUGCGACCGGGUAUGGAUCUGAGCAAGGUGGUCUUACCCACAUUCAUCCUGGAGCCGCGCUCGUUUCUGGAUAAGCUAUCAGAUUCGUACUAUCAUGCGGACUUGCUCUCCAAAGCCGUGCAGGAGGACGAUGCGUUCACGCGCAUGAAGCUAGUCGUGCAAUGGUACCUGUCCAGUUUCUACAAGAAGCCCAAGGGCUUAAAGAAGCCCUAUAAUCCAAUUUUGGGCGAACGAUUCCGAUGCUACUGGCAGCAUCCCAGUGGCAGCCGCACCUUUUACAUUGCGGAACAGGUCUCCCAUCAUCCGCCCGUAUCUGCUUUCUAUGUGACGAAUCGUGAGGACGGCUUCAGCAUCACCUGCUCCAUCCUGGCGAAAUCGAAGUUCUACGGCAACAGCACCUCGGCAGUGCUUGAGGGCGCUGCCACGAUGACGUUGCUGCCGCGCGGUGAGUGCUAUACGGCGACCACGCCGUAUGCCCAUUGCAAGGGCAUUCUGAUGGGCACGCUUUCCAUGGAGCUUGGCGGAAAGAUAAACAUCGAGUGCGAGAACACCGGUUACAGGACGGAGCUGGAGUUCAAGCUGAAGCCAUUCCUUGGCGGUGCCGAUGCAACCAAUGUUGUUGUCGGCAAGAUUAAGAUGGGCAAAGAGACCUUGGCCACCAUCAAUGGUCACUGGGAUAAGGAGUGUCGGAUAAAGGACACCAAGACGGGAGAGGAAACGUUGCUGUUUAGAGCAGAUGCCGAGAUGCGUUCCAAGCGCUUAACACGGCACAUGGUGCCGAUCGAUUCACAGGAGCCCAACGAGUCGCAGUUUCUGUGGCAGCACGUCUCCGAUGCGAUUGCACGUGAGGAUCAGGUGGCCGCCACCGAGGAGAAGACCAAAUUGGAGGAACACCAGCGAGCCAGUGCCAAGGAGCGAGCCAGUACCGAGUCCACACAUAUGCCCGAUUUAUUUGAAUUGGACAACUACGGCCAGUGGAUGUACAAAUACGCCGAUCUUCGGCCCUGGGAUCCGCGCAACGAUGUGCGUCAAUAUGAGUGCCAAUUUAAGGUGCUCACCCAGACGAAGCAUAAAUCGGUGCCCAUUGUCCAUGGUACCGAUGGGAUCCAUCCCCCUCGUGGCCCAGUUGAAAAGUUAUCGCGAAGUCAAAGACAAUCUGUUAAUGUACAGGCAGGUGGCUCUAUAGCGCCCAAGGCUAAGAACAAGAGCUUAGUACUGGCACCUCGUGACACCAAUUCGGAUUCCAGUCAGUCGCCACAGGGAGUAGUAAAGCGCAGCUCAUCCAGUGCCAUAAAACAACUCACCUUGGCCGUGGAUCAGGUGAAUCGAGUUCUGGAGAUCCAUUCGCGGCAAUUGAACGACAUAAGCCAGCGUCUGGAACGCAUGCAGUUUGCACCGCCGCAUGGUCACCCAAGUGUUCAUUCGCAUAACAUGCUCGGCGGCGGUGUCUCGCAGUCGGCGGUGGUGAAGUCGGUGAUUUAUGCCUUGAUUGGACUGCUAGUUAGUCUGUUGCUGCGCUGGCUACUCAAAUAGAGCUGUGGUGGAGUGUGGAGUGAUGGAGUCAGUUGGUAUUAGGCUUAAGCUAUACUUUUUGGUCAACCUAUAGAAGACAUACAUAUAUACACAACCUAGAGUAAAGAGAAUGUUUUUUGUCUUUUUGCUGUAUUGUACAUUUUCUGCCACAUAAAGUGAGAGAUCUUGAUAUGGAGCGAGAAUCGUGGCUAGAAGAUCCAUCUAUAAAAUAACGAACUCCAUGUACAUAGGAAUAUAAGUGUUUGUCGUGCGUAAGAUCCCGAACAAUCCAAGUCUCUCCCAGGCAGACAACGUCCAAGUGCAAGUAUCUUUUCCAUGUAUAAUCCUCACCCUGGGUAGGUUAGGAUGACGAUUGAAUUAAUAUAUAUUAUAAAUAUACAAAUACACACACACGUUCGCCUAGAUGCUGCAGCACCAGAUUUCGUAAAAAAUUCCAAUUUAACCAAGAUGCUAUGACUAUUUUAGCUAGUUCACCUUUCCUACUUUAGGCAUGUAACUACCAUUAACUGACACGAUUUAUAGUUAAUAAAUAAAUGAACAAUGCUCGAGAGGCUCUCUGCCAUCCCCAAAACAAAACGAAAAACAAAAAAAAUAAACACGCAGUGCAACAUACCCCUAGAGAUUAAAUGCAAUAAAGUGCUUAUAGUAAUUUA